GAAAAAGUGGCGGCAACUUUACGAUAAUGCUGAACGUGGGCAACAAGUCGAAUGCGCGGCAGCAGGUGCAGCGCCGGUCCGCAGCUCAUUACCGCUACGCGCUUUCCAUGUACCAAGAUGCUCCCGUGGUGGAAGUGACGCUGGAAGAAUUUGAAUCGUACUCGAUCGAUCGGUUGCAUGUGCUCAAGACGGUCGAGAUGCACCGCGUGCGUGGUGGCAACCCGCGCGAGACAGAGGUGAAGGUGGACAAGGCGUUGAACAUGUACCUUCCCAUGCGCACGUCGGAAGACCGUGAGAAGGAUCAGCUGUCCCACUUCAUCCUGCGCAUGGCGUUUUGCCACACGGAAGAGUUGCGGCGGUGGUUUCUCGCGCACGAGAGUUACUUGUUCAAGCACCGGUUGGAUCGCGCGACCCGCGAGGACAAGAUGCACUUUAUGCGGACAAACGGAUUGAUCUACGAACAGGUCGACGAAGACGAAAUGAAAGCGUUGGCGCCAAAGUUGAAGACCGUCCGCGCAACCACCAUGACGGACAUGAAGGAAGCGUACAAAGACCUCGACGUGCAUGUCAAAGUUCCGUUCACGGAAGCCAUCGACCUCAUUGGAUCGCGCAAAGUGUACCUCCAGGGCGGCAUCGCAUAUGUACCCUUCGACCACUUGGUGUCGAUUCUCUACGCUCGGUUUCGGUCAUCGCUGUCCAAACAAUUAGCCGUGGCGUUUCGAAAGUUUGGCGGGUCAGCCGCCUCCCGGGACGAUCGGUUGAUGCCAGUGCUCAAGAACCUAGCCAAGCACCACAUCGGCCCCGACUACUCGACCGCGCCGGUUGCGUCCGGUAAUUCCAUCACCGCCGCCAUGGUGGACGGCCUGUCCAAGACGUCCAUGCCGCUGUGCAUGAAGUCGCUCCAUCUCGCGCUUACGACGCAGAGCCACCUCAAGCACGGCGGCCGCAUGCAGUACGGACUGUUCCUCAAGGGCAUGGGGCUGCAACUGGACGACGCAAUUGAGUUUUGGCGCAAAGAGUUUUGCAAAAAGAUCAACGUCGACGACUUCAAUAAAAAGUACGCGUACAACAUCCGACACAACUACGGCAAAGAAGGCAAGCGCAAAGACUACACCCCGUUGAACUGCAUGAAAAUCAUCACGUCCGACCCGCCCAAACAAGGCGAAUACCACGGCUGUCCAUUUCGGCACUUUGACGAGCACCAUUUGCGCGCAAGUUUGCGCGGCAUCGGCGAGAUCGACAAGGAAGCGAUCGUGCAGCUGGCCAAAGCCAAGCAGUUCCAAGUCGCAUGCAAGCGGCACUUUGAAGCGAUGCACCCCAAAGCCAACUCGGACGGCGUGGGCAACCACCCGAACGCAUUUUUCGAAGAAAGUCGCAAGUAUUUCGACAGCCAACCCUCGAACAACAACGGCGUCACACCACCAAACAACACUCCUGCGACAGCGGUCAAGUCCGAGUAAACCAACCCCCCCCCCAAGAAGGACAUCUAGUAUUAGUAUAGUAGUACGAAGUACGUAGUAGUACUGUAGCAUCCUCCUAGUAGUAUCCACAAACACACACAAAUACAUGCAUGCAAAUCGUCCA